AUGACCCAGGUGGACCCCCAGGACAGGUGGGGCAAGGCGUCUCCUCUUUGCAGCUCGACUGAGGAGGCUCAUGACUCCCCAGUGCUGAGCAUGAGCUUAGAGAGUGAGGAUGAGGAUGGUGGGGAGGCAGGAGACAAAGGGAGCCCUAGAGGCCGUGAUCACCAGGCUUGUCCAAGAAGCAGCUCUCCAGUGACUCAGGACAAUCCUGACUUGCCAUGGCAUCAUCCAUCCAGUGAGGAAGAGAAAUUCUCUGGCCCCGUUAGUCCUGGGAGCCUGGGGAAGGAACCGAUGGGGAUGCCUCGGAAGAAGGCCAGCUGGGGAAGAGAUGAGUCAAAGAUCACACAGACACAGGACUCGGCCGGAGCUCGUAUAGCUUCGGGGACCCUCCCCAGUGACUCUUCACACAAGUUGUUAGGUCCAACGCAAUGGCUUAGGGACUCACCACCUGCAGGGGAUGAUGGAGUCUUUAGGGAAAAGCUUGACGCUGCCUUGGGUGUUCCAUCCAGCUUCCCUGAUACUGGAAGAUAUUUCUGUGCACAGAAGAGUGUAGACACCCCAGACAACUCGUCCCUCCUGCGUUUCCCCAGGCCCGGUGGCAGCUGGGCCCUCCCCAUGCAGAAGACUCACACACCAGCCUGGGGAUCGGCCUCCCCAGCCGGCGUGGCAGCAACGGUGCUGGCCAAAGCUCAGAUCGGCAGGAAGGGCCAGAAUCCCGAGGGCUCACGUGAGGGCGGGCAAGGGGAGGUGCACCCCUACAAGUGCCUGCAGGGAGGAAGGGCCUUCCAGAAGCCCAGCAGCCUGCUGAGCCCCUCGCAACCGCGAGGCACUAAGCCUUACGCCUGUGAGCUGUGCGGCAAGGCCUACUCCCAUCGGGGCACGCUCCAGCAGCACCGGCGCCUGCACACGGGCGAGCGGCCCUACCGGUGUCCCUUCUGCGACAAGGCCUACACCUGGUCCUCGGACCACCGCAAGCACAUCCGCACCCACACGGGCGAGAAGCCCUACCCGUGCCCCGACUGCGGGAAGGCCUUCGUGCGCUCCUCCGACCUGCGCAAACACCAGCGCAACAUGCACAGCAACAACAAGCCCUUCCCGUGCGCCGAGUGCAGUCUGACUUUCAACAAGCCGCUGUCGCUAUUGCGCCACCAACGCACACACCUGGGCCCGAAGCCCUUCCGCUGCCCGGCUUGCGACCGCGAGUUCGCCGUGGCCAGCCGAAUGAUGGAGCACCAGCGCGUGCACUCGGGCGAGCGGCCCUUCCCCUGCCCCACCUGCGGCAAGUGCUUCACCAAAUCCUCCAACCUGAUCGAGCACCAGACCCUGCACACCGGCCAGAGGCCCUUCAAGUGCGCCGACUGUGGUGUGGCCUUCGCGCAGCCCUCGCGCCUCGUGCGCCACCAGCGCAUCCACACCGGCGAGAGGCCCUUUCCGUGCGCCCAGUGUGGCCAGGCCUUUGCCCGCUCCUCCACCCUGAAGCGGCACCAGCAGAUCCACUCUGGGGAGAAGGGCUUCCUCUGUGCCGAGUGCGGCAGGGCCUUCCGCAUUGCCUCGGAGCUGGCCCAGCACAUUCGGGUGCACAACGGGGAGAGGCCCUAUCAGUGUGAGGACUGCGGUCAGGCCUUCACCAGGUCCAGUCAUCUCCAGCGGCACCGAGCUAAGCACAGUGCGAGCACGAAGGGACCCAUCCCCAUCUCCUCUGAUGAGUGA